AUGUUUGAGCUGCCCAAUGCAAAGCGUGUUUGCCGUGAAGAUCUCAAGUCCCCCUCCUCUCCCCGCUCCCAGUCCCCCGCCGCCAGCGACACAGCCGCCUACGCUACAGACGCACUUCGAAAAGCGUACUCCUCACUCGAGAUAUUCACGGCACCUCCGGUUACAAGUGCGACGACUAUAGGUACAGGUCUAGAGCCUAUAGACGAACAUGAAGAGGAGGAGGAGCAGGAAUUCGAGUUCAGACUCUUUCAUUCCGCCGCACCAAGCGCGACGCCGCAUGGAAGCACCGCGAAGCGCAGCGAAGGUGACGGCCAAGCUGAAGGCAGAGAGCGUGUGAAUACCCGUGUUCCGGCUGUACAAAAGCUCAGGAUUAGGCUCCGUUCACCUACCCCGGCCCGUACUGGAGAAGGAGGGUUCCUUGUUCCCUUUCGCGGAUGGGAGUAUUACUUCUCUGAUCCGGAAUCCGUAAUGCGAGUGUUUAGUGGAGGUGCGCAGGACCUUAAGCCCGCAUUCCCGGGGUCGGAAUCCAAAAAUUCAAAGAGGCAGAAUAUUAGGGAGCAGUUUUUUGAAGUCGCUGUUACCUCGGAGGAAGUACUGGCAGCUGCGCAAUCAGAAAUCUGGCCUGGCUGCCAUCUUCCCUGGCGCGUAACACAUCUCAAGCUUCCGUCCUCUUUCACAACUAGAGCCUCAGCUCCCUCCGCCACCACUACGCCACUACCCACAACGGAGCCUUCAAGAUCCAAAAAGAAGAAACCAGGCAAGAAGAGGCGGAUAGUGCUCCGCAAGCGCGCGGCGGCAAAAGCAGCAACCGAAGAAAUAGAGAAAGAGAAACGAACGAGACGGAAUCGAGAGAAGAAAAUCAAGCGAAGGCAGAGAGAACGGGAGAAGAAAGCCGCCAUGCGUGCUGAAAACGGCGAAAACCAGAUCGAGGCGCGCAAAGGGAUGAGCGAACCGGAGAGCGAUAGCGAGGGCUCGGAUUAG